AUUUAUCUAAAUUUCUAAUGCUUAUAACUUUUUUAUUAUUCAUUCAACUUUUCUCAAACUUUCGUUUAUUAUGUUUCUUUGAUUUUUCUGUUUUUGCACAAACUAUCUUGUUCCCAAGGUUUCAUUUUUCCUUUAAUGACCAAAACUGUAUUUUGUGUUAUUCUUCAUUCUCUUUUCUUCUCUUUUUUUUCUCCAUUCAUUUUUGACUACUUAUAAAACCACAGGGUUGACGCCCCUGCUUAAGUGAAUGCGAUAUGCACUAUUCAUUAAAAGUUUUGUGAAAAUGUAUUUGGCAGGGGCCGCGGAACCGGGGGGGGGGGGGGCUUCAGUCCCCACUUUUGUCCAAAACGUGUACAAAACGUAAAACUGACCAUCUGAUUGUGACUUUUUUUGCGUGGUCAACCCCCCACUUUUGGCUCAGCCCACGCCCUCCACUUCGUUCCAAGGCCCUGCUUGAUAAUAAAAAUGCCGCUGCUGAUGAUGAUAAUGAUAAUUGUCAUCAUCAUCAUCAUCAUAACAAAUGCAUUUUAUAAGGCGCUAUUUCCAGAGAGAUGCUCAAUGCGCACAAUAAAAGGGGAAUGUAAAAAAAUAUAAAAGAACAGAUAGAUAUUUAUUUUAUUUCACAAUUUUAAUGAAAACAUCCGUAUUGCCUUGAAAGUCGUAAUCUUGGCUAGGCAUGUGAACUUGGCCACUUUUUCUUUUCUUUUUGGGGUAUGAAUGCUCCACUUAUAUUUGUUCCCCCUCUCUCUGCCUCUCUCUUAUUAAUGCAGCAUAUAAAGGUGGUAACCAUCAUCGCGUAUAUCCUACAGCUCCGGCACAGUGUAAAUUGUGAUGGAACAUGUGCCGAAAUACCCAGAGAUAUCUGCCCUCAUGAAAUAUCAGAACAUACAGGCGAACCGGUCAAGUUUGUACCCAAACUUUUAACACGUGACCACCCUGAGUAUGACGUAAGGACUCCAAAAGAAGCAAGGGAUAAGAUGAACCUGUACUGCGCACAUCCUGAUUGUUACUCCAGCCCCUGUCACAACGGAGGUACGUGUGUGGAAGAACUCGAUGGGUUUAGCUGUAUCUGUCUUGAAGAAUAUUUCGGGGUGCAAUGCGAGCAGCAUGUUUGUUACUCCAGCCCCUGUCUCAAUGGAGGUACGUGUGUGGAAGAACUCGAUGGGUUUAGCUGUAUCUGUCUUGAAGAAUAUUUCGGGGUGCAAUGCGAGCAGCAUGCCUUUUCAGCUUGUUAUUCCAAACCCUGCUACAACGGAGGUACGUGUGUGGAAGAAUUCGAUGGGUUUAGCUGCAUCUGUCUUGGAGGAUAUGUUGGGUUUCAAUGCGAGCAGCAUGAUCUUUAUUUAGCUUUGUCAGCCUGUUUCCCCGACCCCUGUUACAACGGAGGUUUAUGUGUGGAAGAAUUCGAUGGGUUUAGCUGCUCCUGUCUUGAAGGAUAUUUCGGGGUGCAAUGCGAGCAGCAUGUAUGUCCAGAGGGUUGGGUAUACGGGCAGACCAAGUGUUUCCUAAUUCUGUACAACAAUCACUGUGAAGACUAUGAUUGGUUAUGUGCUCGCGAUGCCUGCAACAUUUUGUCUCCCGUCACCUUGGUGACUGGACAAGCGGUUGAACCCUCUUUGCUUUUCAUCGAAAGUGUGGAAGAAUACAAUCUUUUGAAGCCCCACGUAACUCUCGAUUAUGCCUGGAUUAACUGCCACUCUGUCAACGGAUACUGGUACUGCUACACCGAUGCCUCUGAGACGACCAGUCCCUAUCGAGCCUGGGAUACCGCACAACCUAAUGGAGGAACAGACGAAGAGUAUGGCUUGAUCUUCAUGUCCAAUGGCAAAAUGCAUGACUGCACAGUCACACUUCAAAACCCUGUCGCCAUAGUCUGUCAGGUCAUCCUAAUGUAACAUAGUCCGAAUCACGUGGGGGUCUACAAUAGGGAGGCACAAGGUGAGGGAGGGCGCAAGGGGCCAACAGCUUCUAUGCAUUUUCAUGCAAGUAGUGCAAAUAAGAAAAGAGACAAGAGGGAGUAAGGGUAAGAAAGGUACGUGUAUGCAACCUUGGUGCGCUAUGCCCUUUGGUAAGGCAUUAAUUCUCAUUACCAGGUCCAUCGGAGAGGACCUUAAGCCGUCGGUCCCUCUGGUUACUUGCUUGCAAGCAUUCAUGCUUUCUUAGCAGUCAGGUAAAAAAGAAAUCACCACCAAUAUAUACAUUACCCUUAUAAUUCAAUCGAAAAAACAACAUUUGACUUCACCAUAAGGCCAUAUCAUGCCGACCCCCCCCCCCUCCCGCCCAUCUUAUGAAAUAUUCUAAAGGCUGCCCCCUGUACGUGGAUAUAGCACCUGGAUCUGCGUACAUGAAAGAACAUAUACAACACAUACAAACAAAUACGCCAUUUUAGCAUUAAACCAGGGCCCCGUUGCAUAAAAUCUAUCAUCAUGGUAACUUUGCCAUGCAAUGGUAGUAGUAGUAGUAGUAGUAGUAAUGUAGAAAUGCAAGAAUAAAAUAAAAUUGGAUUUUGAAUGUUGGAUAAUAUAAAUGUUUAAUAUUGAAAUUACACACCCGACCACGUGUUUUGAUUUGAUUUAUUUAUUUAACAACAAUAUUCAUAUGUUUACAGGUUAUAAAACAAAUUGCAUAACAGUUACACUUGUAUAAAAAUACGAUGGUAAAUAUGACCAGAAAAUAGCACAAGUGCUAAUCGAGCCUGGCCCCACAAAUAUUAAAAAUGCACAUUUAAGAAGGAAAAACAAAACAAAACAAAAAUUUAAAUUACAAUAUAUUCCUUGUAAAGGGCUAUCAUCAACAUUUUUUAAGUAUCUUAAUUGUCUUAAUUAUCUACUGUAGACUUACACGUUGAUGGUGUGAAUUUAUGAAGACAAAUAACUUUUUAGAGAAUUCCUAAAACUUUUUCUUGAUUUCUUCAAUUUGAUUUCGACUGGUACUAUAUUCCAAAAAUUGCUACCUAGAAAAGAAAGUGAAAAUUGGCCUUGAGUUGUUUUUAGUUUUGGAAGAUUUACUUGUUGGCCUUUCUUCUGUCUAGUAGGAUAAUUGUGCUCAAUUAGGUUACAAUAAUCUGCUAAGGAGUGAGGUAGGUUAUUAUUACGCAGAUCAUACAUGAAGGUACAUACUGAUAGAUUAUGCAAAUCAUAAACAUUAAGAAUCUUUAAAUCAUUGAAAAAAGGGCGAGAAUGAGCUUGCCAGUGACUAAAGGUAAUUGCUCGCACUGCCAUUUUUUGGGAAAGAUAUACAAUUCAGGCUGCUCUUGUAUGUACUCCCCCACACCUCAAUGCCAUAAGUGAGAUGUGGCUCUGUAAAAGCUUUGUAUAACAAUAUCAAAGUAAAUUUGGGUACAAAAUAUCGUAACCGAAACAAAAUUCCUAUUUUCUUACGUAUAUUUGAGUUAAUCGUCCGUAUAUGACCUUUCCAUGACAGACAGACAGAUGCUUAUCAAUUGAUAUACCUACAAAAGUUGCUUCGUCAACUUCUUCCAAUUCCUCUCCAUCUAGUGUAAUAUUACUACGCAACUUUACAUUCCCUUUUCUACUGCUAAUUAACAUAAAUUUUGUUUUCAGAGAAUUGAUAGUAAGCUUAUUUGCAACACACCACUUUUGCACUUUAUUUAUAUUAGUAUUUAUCUCAUUGUUAUCGAUCUCAUCCUUUCCAAUUGGAAAGGUGUGAAAAAGAUUAGAGCCGUCAGCAAAUAAUCUAAAAUAGAAAAAAAUUGAAACGGAUGGAAGAUCAUUUAUGUAUAAUAAAAAUAAUGUAGGCCCUAAUACUGAGCCUUGAGGGACACCGCAUCUUAUUUUCAUUUUCUUUGAAUAUUUCACCAUGUUGAACAAACUGAUAUCUGCAAGCAAGAUAGUCUUUAAACCAGUUUAAAGGAAGCCCUCUCACACCAUAGUGAAAAAGCUUCUGUAUCAAAAUAUUGUGAUCGAUUGUGUCAAAAGCUUUUUUAAAAUAAAUGAAUAUUCCAAGGGUAGUUUUACCCUGGUCUAAGGAUUUAAGAAUAGUGUUCGACAAAUUGAUAAGCGACAAUUUUGUACUGUAUCUUUUACGAAAACCAUACUGAUGAUUGAAUAAUGCAUCAUUGGAUUCUAAAAAUUCUAUUAAUCGUUUAUUGGUUACUUUCUCUAAAACCUUACCCAGAAUUGGCAAAACAGAGAUUGGUCGGUAGUUUCCUGGAUCAUCUUCUGGUCCUUUUUUAUAGAUAGGUGUAAUCUUAGCUAUUUUCAUGUCAUCAGGUACUCUCCCACACCCAAAAGACAGAUUGAAGAUAUAAGUAAGAACACCUGAUAUAUAAACUGCUCCCUCUCUUAACAACCUUGCAGGUAAAUAAUCAUGACCACAUGCUUUCUUUACAUCAAGAGAUAUAAGAUGAUUGAAUACUGGUGUCACGCGCGUAAAACAUUCCCCAUAGACUUGUGUGUUAAAAUGGCACUUAAGAAAAAUUCAUAAAAAAUAAAUGUGAAAUUAGAGGGUCGAAUGUUUACUACCUUUGGAUAGGAUAUAUAUCUGACAUUCCAUGUCUGACCAGAGAAGGGUAUCGUAGCCAGCUCAUUUUAAAAAUAAAUCGCCAUUUAUGAAGAUAACUAUGAUGGGAUCAAAUUCAUCACCUGAAACAGUAAAAUAGCCCCAAUUCUUCCGCCAGUC